AUGUCAGUGUUUCAAACAGACGUGCACGCUACUCUUCCCCGGACAAUUGGCGGAAAGGGCACGGAAUUGACCAUCGAAGAAGAUGGACAGACUCGAACGGUGCUGGACGCGUGUGGAGGAGCAGCGGUGGCAGCCCUGGGACACGGAAAUGAGCGCAUGAUUGCCAAGAUCCAGCAGGCUGCCGGUCUGCCUUACAUUCUGAGUCACGGGCUGGGCUCGAAGCACGCAGAUGAUCUGGCAAAGUACCUGGUAGAGCAGUCUCCUGAGGGCUCCUUUUCCAGUGCUGUCUUCCUCAACUCUGGCAGUGAGGCCAAUGAAGCAGCUCUGAAGCUUUCCAAGCAGUACUUUGUGGAGAAGAACGAACCCAAACGAGUCAAUUACAUCUCGCGACACUUCUCCUACCAUGGCAGCACUUUAGGCGUUCUUUCUCUGGGCGGAUUUCAGUCACGUCGAAAGCCCUACGCUGACGUUCUCAACACCUCAAACUUCCACAAAGUUUCCACCUGUUUCUACUAUCGGGGAGCCAAGCCCGGUCAGACGGAAGAGGAAUAUACCCAGCAGCUGCUAGACGAGCUGGAUGCCAAGUUCCAACACCUGGGUCCCGAAACCGUCAUCAGUUUCACUUGUGAGACCGUCAUUGGAGCAACUCUCGGUUGUGUGCCUCCUACGAAGGGCUACAUUAAGGGCUGUCGAGACAUUUGCCACAAGUAUGGUGCGCUGUUCGUGCUGGACGAGGUCAUGAGCGGAAUGGGACGCUGUGGAACGUACCAUGCUUGGCAGCACGAAAUGGACGAGGGCCCAGAUCUGCAACCCGUAGCCAAGGUACUUGGAGGAGGAUAUGUGCCUCUGGCUGCCGUUCUCAUCUCUCCAAAGGUGUACAAUGUGUUCAAAAGCGGAAGUGGUCACGUGGUUGGACAUCAGACGUACCAGGACCAUAUCUUUGCCACAAGUGUAGGUCUGGAGCUUCAGAAGAUCAUCAAGGAGGACCAACUGGUGGAAAGAAGCCGUUUCCUUGGUCUCAAGCUUGAAAAGAUGCUCAAGAAAGCACUUGCCAACAACCCCAACGUUGGUGAUAUUCGUGGACGAGGUCUCUUCUGGGACGUGGAGUUUGUUCAGGAUAAAGAGACAAAGAAGGCGUUCCCUAGAGCAGUGGGGUUUUCCACCAAGGUUUACAAGGCCGGCAUGAAGCGAGGAGUUCAUUUUCUGAAGGGUGUGGGCACUGUGGAUUCGUUCGAAGGGGACCAUAUCAUUCUCAGUCCACCUUAUACUGUCUCCGAAGAGGAGUUGACCAAGAUAGUGGAUGUGUUGAAGGCUAGUGUUGAGGAGGCUCAGGGUGAGUCCUUGUAA